CAGAUACUCUACUAUGAUUAUUACUUUUAAAUACUCAGAAAAUGAUCCAAAGUGAUAACCAAAGCCAGAACACAGAGGAAAUAAUUAAAGAGCUGUGCACUUCUAAUGGAUUGUCUUACGAGAAAAUUGAUCAAGAGGGACCAGAAACAUCUACACUGGAGAUGUUUUUCUCAGGUUAUCCCAAGAUAGUAGGCAUGUCAUUUUUCCCAAAUUUAACAACUCUCACUCUUGUUGGACAAAGCAUUCAGAAGAUUUCAGACCUGGAGUAUUGUCCAUUACUCAAAAACCUAUGGAUUGCUGAAUGUUGCUUAACGAAAAUCGAUGGUCUACAACACUGCACUAAUUUGGAAAAGCUUUACCUGUACUACAAUGAAAUUUCUACAAUUGAAAAUCUGGAGACCCUAAUGAAGCUGGAGGUAAUUUGGUUGAACAAUAACCAAAUUAAGGAGAUACAGGGAUUGCACACUCUGCAGAAUUUAAAGGAGCUCAAUCUGGCUGGAAACUUAAUACAUAAAAUUGGAACUUGCUUUGACCCCAAUGAACAAUUGGAAAGAUUAAACCUCUCUGGUAACAGAAUAUGUUCCUUCAAGGAACUCUCUAAUUUAGCAAGCCUACCGCAUUUAAAAGAUUUGAGUCUGAAUGAUCCUCAGUAUGACCCGAACCCUAUUUGUCUUCUCUGUAAUUAUGCUACACAUGUGCUGUAUCAUAUGCCUCAGCUUCAAAGUCUGGAUACAUAUGAUGUGUCUCAAAAACAAAUCAAGGUCCUGGCAGAGGCUACAGUGAUGAAAAAGAUAAUGUACUAUAACAUGCGUGUAAAGAGUGUUCAUAGGCAGCUCAAUGAGGAGCUUGAAAAGCUAAAAGAAAGAAAAUGCAAACUGCAGAAAUUGCCAGAAGAUCGAAUAAAAUUGUUCAGCUGCAACAUAAAACAUCUGGAACGUGAACUGACAGAGCUGCAGACAUCAGGCAAAAUACAGAAUAACAAAUCUAUUAAAAGUAAAAGGCUGGAAAUUGAAAAAUCAAUUGACGAUAGCGAGAACACAGAUGAAGCCAGUGAGGAGUCAAGUCUUGAGAAGAAGUUCUUUCUGAAAUUAGAUGCCCUGAGGGAAAGGAUAACAUUCUGGAACAGAAAACUAGAUGAAAUUGAGAAAAUUUACCAGAUGGAAGUUAAAAAAAAGAAGAAAAGCAAUAGCUUAGUAGUGCAGUUUCUGUUGACUGAAUUGGAAACAGUGGGCAACACUCGCUUUGAAGAAGGCUCACCAAGUGAUUCUUGGUUUAAUUCCUGUUAUGAUUUAAUUCUAUCACGAUUUUGUGCCUGGGACUUCAAAGCAUAUGGUAUCACAGGAGUGAAAAUAAAUCGCAUCAUCCGAGUGCACAACCGUAUUCUGAGGAUGAUAUUUGAAGAGAAGUUUCAAAUGUUUUUGGAUAAAGAAGUUUUAAGUGAAACAGAAAACUACAGGAAGAUGCUGGAGUGUCUCUUUUAUGUGUUUGACCCAGACUUGCCAGUUAAGAAAAAGCAACUUCUACAAGUGCUUGAGGAUGGGUUCCAGGCAAUGGAAGAGCACAAGCUUUCAAGAAGAGAAGAAGCUGUUCUCCUCUCUAACAGUUUAAGUAUAUGUGAACGUCCCAGAAUAGAAUUUUUGCAGCAACAAACCAAGGAUGAACGUAAAAAUAGCAAUGAACUUGAGGAACCGUUCAUAUGUGGGAAACUCAUAAUUGCAAAAGUUUUUCUUGGACAUAGUGUUCCAGCUCGUGAAAAAGAUCCCAUCAAUCAAGUCAACUAUCCAGGGGCUAAUUCAGUGUUCAGGCCUCGGAAACAUUUACUAAGUGAUACAUCUGAUGCUGAUGAUGAAACGUAUUCUUCCAUGGAACAUAGAAACUGUGACUGCCGCCAUCGACAGUGUGAGUGGUUUGUGUUUGAUCACGAACUGGUCUUGCCCGAAUACGUCGUUGAAUUUGAGUACACUACACUGGUCAAAGUUCAGUCCCUGUUUUCUACGCUCAGCAAUGUAAUUGUAGAAGAAAGAAAGAAAAAUACAGAAGGAUUUAUAUUGUCUAGUGAUUUGCAACGUGAUGAUGAAGUUAUGAACAUGGAGCCUACAGUAAAAGCCAGACCCAAAAUUGUUUGCUUGGAUGAAAAGACAGUGCUUUCAGUUGCUAAGGCCAAUAUUUACAGUCAAAUAGCGGUUCUGAAUUUGCAUGGGAACAGCCUGAGCAAACUGCGGGACAUCUCUAAACUGACAGGGCUUCGAAAACUUAUUGUCAGCUUCAAUGAAUUUACGUGUUUAGAUGAUGUUUACCACUUGCCCAAUCUGGAGUAUUUUGAUGCAAGCCACAACCACGUGAUCACCCUGGAGGGUAUUAGAGGCUUAAGCAAACUGAAGUAUUUAGACUUGAGCUGGAAUCAACUGAAAAAGACUGGAGAGGAAAUAAAUGUCUUACGUAAACACACUUCAAACGUACUCAGUCUUGAUAUCAGACAUAACCCAUGGCAUAAGCCAGUCUCAUUGCGUUUGAGUGUCAUUGGCCGAUUAAAGGCUCUUACUCAUUUAGAUGGAGUCCAGAUUACUGAAGAAGAGGCUGCGGCUGCUGUGUGUUUUAUUGCUGGAUCAAAGAUCUCUCAGGCAUCUCUUUUAGAACAUUCUAGGACUGAUGAAGCUAGACCACGCAUUCUGAGUGUACAUCCUUAUGCCAAAAUUCUGACUCAAAUUAGCAAGAACAAGGUGGAUUCACAAACACAUUUCAAUAGCAGCUGGUAUCCUAGGAUCACGGUCUUAGAUCUGGAUGGACAACAUCUCUCCAAAAUUGCCAACUUGGAAAAAUUAGAGAAUUUAAGAUGGGCCUCAUUUAGCAACAAUAAUCUCACUAAAAUAGAAGGACUGGAAUCUUGCCUUAAUCUUGAAGAGCUCACUUUAGAUGGAAACUGCAUCUCAAAUCUAGAAGGAAUUUCAAAACUCACCAAACUAACACGACUUAGUGUAAAUAAUAAUCAUCUCACCACCCUGGAAAGAUGCGUUUUUGAAAACUUGUCUCAUCUUCACUACCUCUCUCUUGAGAGCAACAGAAUUACUUCAUUGGUUGGUUUGCAGAGAGCCUACGCACUAAUAGAACUAUACAUCAGCAAUAACUAUGUUUCUACCUACCAAGAGAUAUAUCAUUUAAAGGGUUUAAAUAAUCUGGUCAUGCUGGACAUGUAUGGAAAUCUAAUUGUGUGGAAACAAGAUAACUACCGAUUGUUUGUAAUAUUCCAUCUUCCAUCUCUCAAAGCCUUAGAUGGCACUGCAGUAGAGACAGCAGACAUCGAGAGUGCUAAAGAUUUAUUUGGUGGCAGACUUACCUGUGAUAUGAUUGCAGAAAGACUAGGACAUUCAGACUUCACUAAAAUGCAAGAAUUAAAUUGGACAACCUCUACGAUCAGAACGGUGGAUCUUGUACCAGCAGACCAGUUUAGAAAUGUUUGUAAUGUGAAUUUACAGAACAACAAUCUCAUCUCUUUCAGUGGUUUAAUCUUCUUGCCUAAUGUCAAGAUAUUGUGUCUGAAUUACAAUCACAUUGAAUCAGUCCUGCCCAGACAAAAGCCUCAAAAUCACUUAACAAACAGGCAGCAGUUGUACCAGAAAGUGACCUCUAGUGGCUAUGGACAGCAAGGACCUUCAAAAGGAAGCAGGGAUGCAGGAUUUGGUGAAAAUCUGCCCCCAAUCAUGCAAAGUUUAGAAGUUCUUCAUUUGGGCUACAAUGGAAUUAGUAACUUGGCCCAGCUACAGCUUAGUAGGCUAAAAAAUUUGAAAUUGCUGUUUCUACAGGGUAAUGAAAUCAGUCAAAUCGAAGGACUUGAAGGUCUACAGCUUCUGCAGGAGUUGGUAUUGGAUCAUAACCGUAUAAAAACAAUUGCAGAGGGCUCCUUUGCUAGACAGACCUCCCUUUUGGCACUUCACCUAGAGGAAAACCGACUACGAGAACUGAACAAUUUACAGCCUUUAGUAAAAUUACAGAAACUUUUCCUGGGACUUAAUAAAAUUCAGGAAUUGUCUGAACUGGAAAAACUUGAAGUUGUUCCUAGUCUUAAAGAGCUUUCAAUAUAUGGAAAUCCAGUUACUCGCAAGAUGUCCCAUCGUCCACUGCUUGUGUUUCGAUUGCCCAACCUGCAAGUGUUAGAUGGAAUGACAGUGAGCACGGAGGAGAGAGCAAGAGCUGAGCUUCAUUUAAUAGAACAACAAGGAAUCCCAGUUGCAAACUCCCCUAUGGACUCUGGAUUUCCUGGAUUACCAAUUACCUUUUCAAAACAUCCUCCCGUAAGAGUAACAAAUGUGAAUCUGCUUGAAGGAAUCAACCAUUUAUUUGGAUCUGACCUCAUGUUUCCUCAUGUACUUGAAGAUCCUUUACAGAAUGAGGCAAAUAAAUAUAAGAAAUCUAAGAACCCAGGAAUGGUGACAAUUAAUCCUCGAAGCAUCCAUGCAGAAAUAGCUCUCAGGCAAGUAAAAGGAGCAACAGCUAAUCUUCUAAACCAGUUGACACAACAGAGUGGCACUACCCGAACUGCAUAUGUGCACCAGAACAGCAGAGAAAAUGAUGGCAGGUGGGCUCCUUUGCCUGAAUAGUUCCAUGCUAACAGAGAUGUUCCAGGGCAAAUGGUCUGAGGAAAUGACCAACGGACAUUCAUAGCUAAUUCAUAAAGAGUGAAUUUGACCCCCCAGUGUGUAGGCCUUUUGCUGGCCCUCCGUGCAGGACUAAAUGUCUCCCCCACUAUUUAAACGCUGUUGCUCUGAUGUGUGCACCUCUUUUUACUUGGGGCAGAAGUAUUUUUCACUUACAGCUGUGUGCAUUAUUCUUUCCUUGGCACGUGGAUUGACUUACACUUACGCCAGUCCUUUUUAUAUUAAAAAAAACAAAACAAAACUACUACACAGAGAGUAGAGAUUGUUUAAAUGUCGGAGAUGAUGUGGGAAGGAUUCUGCAUUAAUAGAAAUGCCUGCUUUACCUGAAAUGGCACAUUUGUUCCUAAAUUGUCUUCCAGCUCUUUUGCGCAUAAUUUUUUGCCUGGGGAUUUCUUUAGUUUUUUAAGCAUAUUAAAAAUGUCAGAUGCUUACAACAAUAAAUGAUAAGCCCAAAGAGAAUGGGUUUUUAAUUUGAAAAUAUAUAGAGCAACUUUAAAUCAUUUUUUAUUUUAACUUUUACGGGCAGCUUCCCAGUACUCCAAAGAAGUCCGAGUGUACCAGCCAGUGAAGUUGUGUUUUAUAGCUGCUGUGCAUCACCAGAGCAGCAGAAAACAGCUGAAGUGUGCUGGUGAAUCUGGCCCUUAAUUUACAAUUGACUGACUGGUUUGCAGAGCGUAUGAGUGAGAUUGUGCUAUGCAAAGAGCUCCUGGAGAGCCCAGCCCAAGUCCAAAAUCACUGUGUGUUAAAGGCUAUCCCAUCAGUUCCACUGGCUGUGUGUUUCAAUGCCUAGGGGUUCCCCACUGCGCUGCUGCCUUCGCUCCACUCAAGCACUGCUGCCCAAACUAACCUGAAGCAAUAGAAUCUUUAAAGAGCAGUUGGGACAAUUAAUCUAGCAAUGAGAACUUUAGAUACGUGUGUGCAGUCUUCCUCAGACCAAUGAAUCAUUACCACUAUUUGCAUGAAAAUUAACUGUAGUAGAGAGAUUGGCUGAUUUACCACUGACACGCUAGCACUACUUAAGAGUUAUCUGUGCUGUUGACCUGAGCCAUCCAUGACCUACAGAAUUAUAACAAUUACAGACAACAAGCAGUAAUAGCUUAGCUUAAUUACAACCUAAUUUAUUUGAAUACAGCCUACACACAAGACUUCAAUUAAUUUUACAUAUAUGAAAAAUGUGAAGUGUGUUGUUUUGCUGUUAAUAUAACAUGCAUCAAAGAAAAGACUCACAAGGGAUGCUACAAUUUUUCAAAGGACAGCGUUUUUAAUUAAUUUAUAAACUAAUUAAUAGACUUGUCAAUUCUCGAAAAUUCAUUCUGUAGUCAGAGAGCAAGUGCUGUAAAUUUGGGGAAGAAGUACCCUAUUUUUCAUACAAAGCAAAGAGGUUGAAUCCCUGAUUUAAGUGCAAAAUGGAACUUAACCUCAACUUUGAAAUCCCAAACAGCACCUUCAGAAUAUAAUUUGUUUCCCAUCUUUGCUCCCUAGUGUAGUUGAAUAUUAAAACAUCCCAGGCGUCAAUAUGGCAAGUUUUCAACAUUUUAUUAAUUUAUAUGUUAGUCUAAAAGAAACUUCAUGCCAACGAGAUGCUGCCAAGUCAAUGGGAGCUGCACCUUUCAAAAAGAAAAUCAGUACACCUUCAUUUAGAUGCCUAAAGAGGGUUGUAAGCACUUAGCAGCACACAGCUAAGUUUUAAAAUAUUGGUUUUUACUUUUUUUUAAGCUGGAAUUUAAGGAAUGGAAAGUCCUGUCAGCUGGUCAUGGAGGAGAGUAUAAGUGAAUCCUACAUUCUAAAGCUGGGCGGGGUUCUUGCAAUUCACAUGAGUGGAACAUAUAAUCAGAUGUUGAAUGUUGUCAUUUCUAA